CCCAGAUUCCGCCGUGGCGCGCCGUGCCUUACUUUGUAGUCCUGGUUUUAUGGUGGCGGGAGUGUGGCACCAGAUCUGGUGCCGUUUUCGAGGUUUAGGGACCAAGCAUGCGAUGUGAGGGGGCGGAAGGUACACCGAGGAGUGAGUCAGUCAGCGUCGGAGGACUGGCCGGGCAGCGGAGCCUCGGAGACCGGCUCUCCAGCGCCGUAAACAGGUGCACGUUGGCUGCACCUCCACGGGCUCGGCCCCUGUCUCGGCUCGGGUUAGUGGGAGGAUGCUGGCAGUGACUCACUUUCCUCUCCCUCCCUGGAGGCUCUCCCCGGAAUGAAGAGCCGGCGAUAGGCUACUUCCUUUACGAGAGCCGGGUCCGGUGGGGCGGGAGAACAAAAGGCCACUGCUUGCGCAGGACCCUUGCGCCCUGGUCUCCCCUCCCCCGCACCUGGCCCCAAGCGUUGCGGCAAAAGGCUUUUAAACUGCUCGGCUCCACGCGCGGAGGAGAGCGCGCCGAGAUCUCCGGGAGCCCGCCUUAAUCUCCCCCAGGCCCCCCCGCCACAGCCCGGCUCUGGGUGCGGGGCUGCACCGUACCCUCGCGAACGGCGAGCGGUUCCCGGUGCAUCGCCCGCCGCUGGGUUUCGGCCCUACUGUGCUCGCACUAGACUCGAGUGCAAAAGGCGGCAAAAGGAGUUUCGCGGUGAGCGUGUCUCGCCGCGAACCGCCUUUCGCCAGCUGCCUCGGGCGGAGGAAGGUGGCGCUUGCUCCAGCCCUUUGUGUCUCGCUCUGCGGCGUGGGCCCCGGCUCUCACCAGCCUGUUCUGUCGGUGGGAGACACACUGGCUGGGGGAUCGCGUACUAGUCUCAGACGGAUAGACCGUGUCGUACGUGGAAGAGGGGAAAGGACCCGCUGCUAGAAAACGGGGUCUCAGGCAUCUAUUUUUGCGGCUGUCUGCUACUAAAAAUCCUCAGAACAGAAGAAAUUUGGAUUGAUAUUUUGACUGUAGACUCCCGAAUAUGAUGCAUUUCAAAAGUGGCCUCGAGUUAACGGAGCUGCAGAACAUGACGGUGCCUGAAGAUGACAACGUCAGCAAUGACUCUAAUGACUUCACGGAAGUAGAAAAUGGCCAGAUAAAUAGCAAGUUCAUCUCUGAUCGGGAGAGUAGGAGGAGCCUCACCAACAGCCAUCUGGAGAAAAGGAAAUGUGAUGAAUAUAUUCCAGGAACAACCUCUCUGGGGAUGUCUGUUUUUAACCUGAGCAACGCCAUCAUGGGCAGUGGGAUCUUGGGCCUUGCCUUCGCCUUGGCCAACACUGGGAUCCUGCUCUUUUUGAUUCUCCUGACUUCGGUGACACUGCUGUCUAUAUAUUCAAUAAACCUACUAUUGAUCUGUUCCAAAGAAACUGGCUGCAUGGUGUAUGAGAAGCUGGGAGAGCAAGUCUUCGGCACUACGGGGAAGCUGGUGAUCUUCGGAGCCACUUCUCUGCAGAACACCGGAGCAAUGCUGAGUUACCUCUUCAUCGUAAAAAACGAACUUCCUUCAGCCAUAAAAUCCCUAAUGGGAGUGGGGGAUGAUGCCUUUUCGGCCUGGUACAUAGAUGGUCGCGUGUUGGUGGUGAUGGUCACCUUUGGCAUAAUUCUCCCGCUGUGCCUCUUGAAGAACCUAGGGUAUCUUGGCUACACUAGUGGGUUUUCCUUGAGCUGCAUGGUUUUUUUCCUGAUAGUGGUCAUCUACAAGAAAUUUCAGACUCCCUGCAUGAGCGCGGAACAGAACUCAACAGUCAGUGCUAAUGUGACCGACGCGUGCACACCAAAGUAUGUCACCUUCAACUCAAAGACGGUGUAUGCUUUACCAACCAUUGCGUUUGCGUUUGUCUGCCACCCGUCCGUCCUGCCAAUCUACAGCGAGCUCAAAGACCGGUCACAGAAAAAAAUGCAGAUGGUUUCCAACAUCUCCUUCUUUGCCAUGUUUGUCAUGUACUUCUUGACGGCCAUCUUUGGGUACUUGACAUUUUAUGAAAAGGUGCAGUCAGACCUCCUUCACAAGUACCAGAGCAGAGAUGACAUCCUCAUCCUGACCGUGCGGUUGGCUGUCAUCGUGGCCGUCAUCCUCACAGUGCCUGUGCUGUUUUUCACAGUUCGAUCAUCGUUAUUCGAGCUGGCCAAGAAGACGAAGUUCCACCUGUGCCGCCAUGUUUUCGUGACCAUCAUACUCCUGGUGAUUAUCAACUUGUUGGUGAUCUUUAUCCCCUCCAUGAAGGACAUUUUUGGAGUCGUAGGUGUUACGUCUGCUAAUAUGCUCAUUUUCAUUCUUCCUUCAUCUCUUUAUUUAAAAAUCACAAACCAGGAUGGAGAUAAAGGAACUCAAAGAAUUUGGGCGGCCCUUUUCUUGGGCCUGGGAGUGUUGUUCUCCUUGAUCAGCAUCCCCCUGGUCAUCUACGACUGGGCUUGCUCCUCCGGCAAUGACGAAGGCCACUGAAACCAGCAACAGCAGCCCGACAUCUCCUCACACCCGUCCAGUCCCCAUCAGCAGCCCUCCGCCACUUCUUUUGCAAGUUUACAGAAACAGAAAGGCACAGGGUUCCUCUCGGGUUGCCACACAGAGACUCACUUCUUCAGAAGGACCUGCGUCCUCUUGGGACCGUGGAUUUCCGCUUCUCCAGAUUUCGUGCCGCCAUCUUGUCCAGCCCUUCCCACAGUUCUCCUGCCCUCUCCUCACUGUUGUGGCUUCUCUCUCAGAACUUUGGAAACAUGAUCAACCAUUGUCUUCACUUGUUAGAUACCCAGUUCCUGAAAUCGUUUUCCUACUGAUGCUCUGCUCACGCUGUCUGUAUCUUUUUAGAAGAGAAAAGAAUCUUAAAUUGUAUAUAUUUAUUUUGCUUUACAGAAAAAAAAUAAGGUUUCAGAAAAAAAAAAAGAGGUUUCAUAAAUAAUUUGCCUAUUUUGGUUAACAUAGCACACGGGGAUAAUCCUUUUGAGAGACAGGUUGCGUGCCGUGGCUGCAUCUGAGCAUGCCCAAUACUUGAGGCAGCUCUGAUCACCCGAGGUGGACUGUCCUAGGCCUGCUGGUACUCCAUCCUGCUCCCUCAUGGAGCGAUUCCCUGGGAGUGUCUGUAGCUGGGGAGGCUUGGGCACAGCGCCUCUGUAUAUAUAUUAAAAUACACAUCCGGGAGAUCUCAGGAAUGAAGUUUUGUUUCCCCCUUGGCAUCUGGCAUCACAGUUACUCUAGGCUGAGUCACCUGCCUGGGGUCCCUUGGUUCCCAUGAUGACAAGUGAGACUGCCCAAAUGCCUAAGGACGACUUCCUUAACCAGACCACCUUCAGCCCACACCCGAAUUGUCGAAGGGGGAAAUGAUUUGUUAGUUUAUAAGCCUGGCAGCAUUGUGUCAUGUCCACCAGCUUUUUGCAACAGAGAGGAAUGUGAACCGAAGGAUGGCCUGGGGAUAGGUCAGCCUGUUUUAUACUGGGCACUUUACUUUAAUGGAGUCUUUGAAAACUUGUUUUAUAUCUGUAAAUCUAGGUUACUACAAAUAGGAGAUUUUUGUACCUUAAAUAAGCCUCAUUUCUAGUCUCCAUUAACUCUCCAUCCAGUCCUGAAAGUAAGUCUCUCCCGAGAAAGGAUUAGUGGAGGAUCGCUGAAGUCACUGUGUGGCCCCUCUUGCCCCAGCUGGGAACGACUAGAGGCCCCUCCCCGUCUGUGUUUUUUCCUUUUACUCCAUUAUGCCUGUUGAGUGUGCUCCAGGCAAGAGGGCCGAGUUUCCUCUACUCUCUCCCAGCCCCUCCUAAGGGGAGCAGAGGGAAACUUCAAGGAGACUGAAAAUUGCAAGAGCUUCAGACAUGGCAGCUAGGGAUGCCUCUCAUCAUGUCCCUCUGAUGGGGACACCUGUGGCUGCCCAUAGCUACAGUAGGUGUGGUGGAUGCACAGUGACGGCUCUCUGCAAACGACCUGUAUUGCAGCCAGUUGUAUUGUGGUUGAAAUUCUCAGAUAACAAACACAAACUGAGCACAGAUUUCUUACCUGGGGGUGAGUAGAAGCUAACAGAGGAGGCCCAGACACUUAGCUAUAGACACUAUUCCUCCUGUCUGAAAUCCCCAGAUGUCUUCAGGAAUCUCAUGAGAGUCACACAGAGAUGUUCCUUACCACACUGAAGUCCUGCAGACGGGGAGGCGUCAGAGCGCCUGCCACUCUGCUCCUGGGGAAGAAGGAAAAUCCGUUUUCUGUAUUGUGUCAUUACUUUCUCAUACUGCUUCAGGGUUCUGUCCACCUCAAAUUCAGGCAGCUGACCACAGGGCCUAGACAGGAAAUAGGGUAAAACCCACAGCCGUCUCUGCCCUUUGCCCAAAUGCUUUCCAUGUCACGGGAAAUGAUAGAAGAUUCGGCCAAGCCUUGUAGCUCUGCACUGUCUUAAAAAACAAAAACAAAACAAAACAAAACAAAAAAAACAUCAAUUCAGUUUGCAAGCUGCACUCCCCUCUUAUUCUCUAACAGUUUCCCCCUUAAUUCUGUAACAGUUCAAUUUUACAUUUGCAAGGUGAAUCCAAAAAUGCACUAACUCUGGGAUGUGAUGUGAUUUUUUUUUUUUUUUUGGACCUCUGGAUUUUGUGUUGGUAAAACUAAUGUAUUAUUUACAGUGUAUUUAUUUGCAGGGAGCACAUCGUUGUUAAUCUCUGUGAUACAUGUUUUUUUUUAAACCUCUUUUAUAUGUGUACCUGAGUUUGUUUGAAUAUAAUGGAUCUCACUGUCAUUUGUCAGGUACCACCAAGAAUUCCAUAGUUUCUGUGGUCUCCGCUGUACAGUGGCCUGUUCUUGCUCAGAAUAAUGAACUGGCAGCCAAACCCACCUGUGUCAAAGAUGGUGGAUAGCAUUCUACAGCACAGUCAAAUGCAGCAGGUAUUUUUCUGCUAAGUUAGCAGACUCAAGCGUAGUACGCAGGCCUUCCCCGAGGGAAACUGUUUGCCUUCAGCACACAGGCUCUCCACACUGUUGAUCGGGGCCAGUUUCAGACUUUGGGUUUAGAACUGUUCUCUGGUUCUUACAACACAGAAUACUGUGGACUCCUAGAUUAGCGCUGCUUGUUAGAAAUAGGGUUUGCAGAGCACGUGCAGGAGGAAAUCCUACUCUUUUAGGCCAUGGCUAGGGCUGCUCACAGGGAGAACAUAUUCCAAAGCUUUGUAACCCAGAAUGGAGUUUUCUUCAUUGGGUUCUAUGUGGCAGUUAGGCCCCCAGAGUAGCUGGGAAAGAAUGUUAGGCUGACAUGGCCAAGUCCCCAGAUUGGCUGGAGGUGGAUCAUGUCGGAGUCACUAGGAAUACCCCACUGCCUGUUGUGGAAUCCCAACUGUUCAUCCCUGCCACAGGUUGCCUGCUGGGCAGUGGGGUCAGGGCUCAACCACAGUGGCCUGAAGCACAGUCUUCCCCAAGAUUAGAGGGGCUGAGUUCAAAACCCUGAGUGUAGGAUGGUGGUCAAAGAAGAGGGGUUCUUUCUUAAGGUUCUCCUCUUUGCCUGCCACUAACUUCAUAGCUCUUCCAGGUACCAGUUUUGGGGACAGCACACCACACUCUCCAUGUCUCCCGUGCUGGUAGCCGUGGCUUCAGUGCUUGGUGAUCAGAUGAAAAGUAAGAAAGCUCUCCAUCCUUCUUGUAUAUUUAUGGACCGUGGUGAGAAACAUAAGGGUGUCAGGGUGGGUUGCAGAGGACUACGGUCUGUGGGUGGGACGCCUAACUGUAACAGUUAUGCCAUGAGUUAUGCCAAGAUCUCAAGCCCCCAAGCUGCUGCUUCUCAAAUUGUGAGCCACCAAACCAGCAGAAUGAACCUCAUCUGUAGACUUACUCACCUGCACAUUGUCAGCCCAACCAGACUCAGUGGAUAAAUCCAGCUGUCCCCUGCAAGUCUCAGGUCUAGCCUCCAGGUGAGACUGGUGACAUCAAGCUUGGGAACCAGUCAGCCCAACCUCAGAAGGUGAUUGGUUCCCGGGGUGAGGAAUGAGAGCCAGGAAGGAUAGAAAAAGAUUCCAGCCAGUGUCUGCAGAUGCAGGAAAGGGAGAGCAUCCUGAGCUGCCCCUGCCUGUGUUCUGUCCUGCUGCGAAUGCAGUGCAGGGGUGUGAGCAGAACUUGGGGUGCCUGCACUUUAGAGAACCCAGCCCAAGGCACUAGUCUAUUUUCUUACAGCUGUGAAGACUCCAACUGAGGCUUUCAGAAAAUGUAGGUAAAUCUUUAAAAAUGCCUUUUGUAAAUGCAGCCCAAAGAGCACUGCUGAGUUUUCAGGAGACCAUGUCCAUGGUAGGGUGAAGUCCCGUCCCGACCCUGCAAAAUAGAAAAUAUUAAUACAUGGGGCGUUCUAGUCACAGGUCUGCACUGCUGAGGGAACUGCAAGAAGCUGUAAGGGGAACAGACUGGUCUGUCUCAGGAGCACAGCGUAAGGUGGCAUCAUUAGUUGGACUAGGACAGAGGGGGUGGUGUAAUCGUCUGUGUGGUUUAUACUUGAGAGCAGAGCCUCCAUUCAUAGAACAGGUGAGGCUUUGAGCAUGGUUCUGCCUGUUGGAGUGAGCAUCCAGGCACUCUUAGUUUGCAAUGUUACAAUGUUUCUCUAGCAGGAUGGCUGGUCUGAGAACGCUUCUGUGACAGAACGUAGUCCUCUAAAAUGCAGUGAAUUGCUGGUAAUACUAAAAGACUUGGAGCUUCAGAGUGGGGUUGUGGGUAAUGGCUGAAAGUAAUGCUAAGUCUGAAGGGGUGGGUUGGUGGAGAACAACACCAAUUUCCAGUGGAUGCAGGUGUCUUAGGGCAUCCUUCACCAAGGAAGAACCACAAAGCCCUGGGCCUAUCUGUACACGGGCUUGAGGAAUCUAUGCAGCUGAGGCUCACUUUAGGAAUCCUUCCUUUGUAUGUAAAUAUGUUGUAAAUACAUAGGAGGCUGUAUAUUUUUGCAGGUGUUGAUCCACACAGAAAUAGAGGUCACUAGUAUUCUGCAUAUAAGAAAUACAUGUUCUCAGAGAUGUUAGUGGUUUUGUUUGGGAAGUAGAAUUUUACCUUCUUUCCCAUAAUUCUGUCAAUGUAAAUCUGGAGCCUAAAACUGUAAUUGUUUGAAAAAAAAAAAAAAGAAAUGUCUGGGAAAAGCCUGCUCUGAUUUCUUACGCUGGAAUUACGAUCUGUUGUCUAGAUGCCACAGAUAAGAGUGACUUAGGAAAACAAGUCAUUGUCUUGUAGGAACAGAAAUGCCCAGAAUGACAAGUUUCUCCGCAUUAUGUUCUUUCACAGUUAACGUUGAUGCUAUUGCACAGAAUUUGUGAAAACACAAGCUUAGGGAGGGGUUGGUUUGUUUUGUUUUGUUUUUUUUCCAAAAUGGAAUUGCCGUUUCCCAAACUUUGGGAUCAUUGGGGGAGAGCUGAACAUUAAUAUGAGCACAGGUUUGAAGGAGAACAUCUGUUAUUUUUAAGCUUUUGAAGGUCUUGCAUGUCUGCCUUUUAGCGUUGAUGCCAACAUAGACUGUCUUGUCUGUUUCCCCCUCCUCCCCCACUUGAAUCUUUCUCAUCGGUACGCAGUGCAGUCUCUAGAGUCCAGUGUGUUUUAGAUCCCCAUCUGACUCAGUACAUGUAGCACACCACUAUUUUACUAAUGUAAAAACCUUGUAAAUGAUUUCAGGUGGGCAUCCAAAGUGAACCACAAGUAAGAAAACUUACCUGUUCACUGUCCAUCACAUAAAAGUUGGGUAUUUUUUUUUCCUUCGGGGUGUGGUAUAAAUAAAAAAAAAUGUAAGAAAGUUAUGUUCUAUAAAUGCAGUGUUAACAUAGUUUUCAAACAUUAAAAUGUGAAUUAAAGUA